GUCAAACUUAUAUUUAUGUUCGCUCACUUGGACUUUUUAUUUUUAUUUUUAAAGUCAGAAAAAAAGUACUAGAAAGAACUUGUAACAGUUAAAUGAUUGCUAAAUAGACAAUUAUUUAUAGGUAGGCUUACUUGGCAGCAAUUAAUAUACUAUUUUUUAAAAAGUAUUGAAAUCAUGCCAGCUGCCCAGAAGGCUGUAGUUACGGCUAUACUUGUAUCACUGUCUCUAGUAGGACAAAUACUGGAGGCUCAAAUAUUCACUUUCAAAGAGGAUACGUGGGGAAGUGAUGUGAACAUCGCACUAAAUGACAUGUUCUACAAUGCGUUGAUAGAAUGUGUAUCAAAUAAAUCCAUAUCUUCAUGUGAGUUUCAGACCGCCCCAUUUUUUAAUUUCAAAUCCCCUUUGUGUCAGGCAAACACAGAGGUUAUCUUUGCACAAAAGCAAGUCAAUGUCAGCGAUGAAGAUGUGGCCAAAACAUGCCAGAUCAGUCUGAGGCUCACUUUUUUUGAGUCACUUUAAGUAUUUUAUGAUCACCUGCAACUCAGCAAGUAGUCAAACUUCAAAAACUGUGUCCAAGUGUAGCCUGUCUCAGUUCCCAGUCGAGACAUUUGUCUACGUGUGUUGGGAGCACGGAAUUUUGUGUGAUCAGCCAAGCAUGACUUCAGACAGUCUCUCCAUCCAGAUUUCACAACCCGUCAAUUCAACCAACAGGCUGGAAGACACACCAUUUACUAUAUUGUCACCAAUGAUGUUUAGUAAUAGCACCUGGCAAACAUCAUUCGACUAUAGUGUAACAUUCAGCAGCGUAUUUCUUGCGACCACUAAUAGUAUUGAGACAUCCAACACUCAACACAUUAUAGAUGCUUACACUGCAUUAGCAGCAUUUAGUAAUAGUAUAAUUGAUUUGACAAGUACUGGGGUCAUAUCCUCGAUACCGUCACCUGUAGUGAUUAAUAAGCCUACAUCUUUAAUGUAUUCUGCCGAAAAGAGUUACAGCAGUCGGAUAUAUUGGAACAGUGCCAGUUCUUUGUCAGAUUUCCUAGCAUCGACCAGCAUCAUACCAUCAUUCACAACGUUCGCAACCAAUACAGAAACACCCAUUUCAGCAACAUCACUGGCAUCAGCAUUAUACAACCCUGUCGGAACAGACUCUUUUCCAAAUGAGAAUCUACCUACAAUGUUCACGAGCACCAUUACAGCAACAAGAUCUAUCGACGAAGCAUCGUCCACCUUGAGGUCUACGCUGGUCACUUCCUCUGCGACGAUGAUACUCAACACAAAUCGAAGCGACAGCGUCAAAAACACGAUCAGUUCAAACACGACUCAGAGCUCCAGCCACUCGUCCAGCUGUGACGUGGUGUGCAUCAUCAUUGUCUCCCUGGUGGCAGCAGUUGUUUUAACUCUAGUUCUUAUCCUACUCUGUUAUUUAUUCAGGAGAAGAGAAUCCAAAGAGCAUUCAUUGCUUGGAACAUAAUCCACAAUGUACUGUUCAGCUCUCAAAGACUGUUCUUUUCUAAUUAUUUAUAUAAAAUUAUUUCCAUGAAUUGAUGGAAUAAAGAUCAUUUGUGUAAUACGCUAUAAGCCUUUUGAAGUAGCAGAGUUAGUGUUCGUUGAUAAGUUGGCAUUAAAUAUGGAAAGUCGAGAUUUAUAUUCACUUACCUCCUGCUCAAGAGAAACAUCGUCUCUUACUGAUACUUUUAAAUUAUACUAUUUUAAUUACUGGAUAAUUUUCGUUGUACUUCCUAUGCAUAUAGCUGAUAUAAGUACUAUUCUAUUUUAA